AUGAUCUGGGCUCGGGGCCUGCGGGCCAGGGGCGGCCGAUGGCCAUCGCCGGCGCGUGCGCCGCUGAGGGCUUCACAGCAUUUCGCUGGAGCGGAUGCCCACGUGGACCGCGCCCGGCUGGGCGACCUGCGCGACCCUGGCACCGACCGCAGCUGGAUGUGGUCCGCGCAGGCUCGGGAUGCAGAUCGGGGGGAGUUCACCGAGGCGAUGCGCAUUCGGCUGGGCGCCAGCGGGCCGCCCGAGCCCACCUUGCGCGGCGUCUGCGGCGAGCGCCUCCUCGACGCCGCCGGAGCCCGCGCCUCGACCUGCUGCAUUUGGGAGGCGACGGUUGGCCACGGCCUGGCCAUGGAGGAGCUGCACCGUUUCGCCGUGAUGGGUGAUCCUCGUAGAGAGCUGGAACCGGAGAACUUCGUGCGCUCACGUCCACUGGGCCGACCUGCAGACGUGCCCACGGCGGCCGUUGGCAGCCUGUCGGCUUUGGACGUGGGAGUUACGAGUUCCGCCACCGCGCCCGCGCCGGGCGAGGGCGCCGCCGAGGCGAUGUGGCAGCGCAAAACCCGGGGGCGGGACAGCGUGCGCGGCGAGCUCGAGGAGCUCGGCAUCGUCUACACCCCCGUGGUAUGGACGAGCCACGGGCGCCCGCGUCCGCAGGCGGCGGCCGCCGUGCCGGCGAUCGCCCGGGCCGCCGCGCGGCGCCGCGGGGGCGCCGCCCGCGCCAUGGAGCGCGCGCUGCGGGGGCGGAUCGGCGCGGCGCUGGCCCUGCGGGGCGCGCGCGUGAGUCUGGCCCCAAUGGCCCCUCUAGACGACGGCGCCGCCGAGCCCGGAGCGGGCGUCUGGCGCGUGCUCGCCGCGGUCGACGCCGCCGCGGCGGCCGACGCGCAGGGUUCGGCCGGCCAGCGGCUGAAGUAG